CUCUCUCUCUCUCUCUCUCUCUCUCUCCCUCUCCAGAGAAGAACACCUCUCUGAAAGAAAGACCAAGAUCGGAAGGAACCCCACGCAGGCGUUCGUGGCGAUCGCCGUUUCCGAUCUAGCUUUCUGAAGUUUCGAUCCACGUCUCUAAUCCGGAUCUCGGAGACCGCCCCGCCGUGGUACGCUAGGACGUGGAUCGCCGGUGGAUUCGGCAGCCGCCCUCGUUGGGGAGGGAUUCUAGGGUUUGGACCCCGGAAGCGGGUGUCCCGAGCUUCCAUAGGUGGUGGGAGGAAGGGGAUUCGAGGGUUUCGGGUUCUCCUCUGUUGGAUUUUGGUGUUAGGUGGGGAAGAGAGGGACGGAAGGAGAGAGGAGGAAGGGAGAGGGCGGGGGAUUGGAUGCUGUCGGUGGGACGAAGGGAGGAUGGCAGACAGGGGUUAGGGUUCGGGGGAGGAGGGAUGGACGAGGAUAACGAGCUCGAGGAAGGCGAGGCGUGCUCCGGUCAGGAGGACGACCCCUCAAUCGACCCCGAUGCUCUCUCCUACAUCGAUGAAAAAAUCCAGGAUGUAUUGGGACAUUUUCAGAAAGACUUCGAAGCUGGGGUCUCUGCAGAGAACUUGGGUGCAAAAUUUGGAGGAUAUGGUUCGUUCUUACCUACUCAUCAGCGUUCUCCUUCCAUUUUAUGUCAACCUAGAAGUCCACAAAAAUUGCCAAAUCAAAAUGUCACCAGAUCUCCCUACAAAUCAACAGUCGAGGUCACGAAUCAGGACAAUUCAGUUACAAUGAGUUCACCUUUUCCCAGAAAUAACACUGUUGCAGUGUCACUACUGGACAACUCAUAUAAAACAGACAGUUGUGUGAAUAAGCCAAAUGUUCAGGAGCCUAGUUCAGAGUGUUCUUCAUUUAAUAAAACAACCAAUGGCACUGACCACAAAACACUGAAGGUUCGCAUCAAAAUGGUUGAUAAUAACUUGGCUAGAAAUAAUGCUGCCAUCUAUAGUGGGUUAGGCCUAGAUUAUUCUCCAUCUUCAUCGUUUGAGGACAGUCCUGAUGGGAACGAAGGGGUUUUUCCUGGAUUCAGGGAUCUGCCUGAUGAAUCUCCUGGGACCAUCAUCCAGGUUAUGACAUGUUUUGCGGUUCCUGGUGGCUUUUUGCUUUCACCUCUUCAAGAUAAUCUAUUUCACUUGACCGAAAAGGAUAUCUCCUAUAUCAAACAAAGCAAAAGACAUAAGUCCUACAAGGGAUUGCCUGAAACAACUAUAGACUUUGCAGACUCUACUACACAUUCUAGAGAAGUAAAAGGUCAAAUGAAACAAACAAAGGCAAGGGGGCUGAAAGGGAGACCAAGUGAAAUUAAGGAUUCAGAAGGCAAAGAUAAUAUUACCUUCGGUAAGGAAAUUGAAAGUGAAACCCACUCUGGACGAGAGCCCACUUCUAGUUCCUUUAAUAUGCCAGCAUCCUCCAUCUCAAAGAAUGCAAUCAAAGAAGCAAGACCAAUAGUUGGGAAUGCAGUAAAGAUUGACAAUAAACUGUUGGAUCAACCAAGUGAAAUGAAGAAGACCUCAUUGAAGGACCAAUCAUCUUUUACUGGUUCUGUGAAGGAAUUAUUUGAAAGUACACCAAAUAAUGACAUUGACAAUUCAGGAAAUGAAGUCAUGAAUUCAAGAGGGCAAUUGACUGCAAAAGUUAGCAUGUCAAAGAAAGCACUUGAAGAAAGAAAUAAGGAUUAUCUAAAGGAUAAGAAGUCUGAUUUACAGAGAGAACGGAGAAGCAAUAUUGAGAAAGAUUUGGAUAUUACAGAUACCCACUCAAGUGGACACAAGAGGAGCAAUGAGCAAGUAUCUGUACCUACUGAUCGCUUUAAACCAGGUUCUUCACCAUCCAGGGAGAGGAUAUUGCAACAAAAGGAACAAAGGUCUGACAGGAAAAAGAAACUGAAGGUAAGUCAUACCAAUUCCGAACCAUUUGGGGAAAUUCUGAAGGAUAAUGUAAGUGGUAAUGUAAUUGCAACGACAAAAGAAAAGAAGAAAGCUUCCCAUUCAAAAGCAGACAAUGCUCAGAAGAAGUCCAAGGUUUUAAAACCACGUAAAGAUUUGAGUGGGUCUAGCUUCAGUGAAUCCCAUGGAAAUGUCAUCUGGGAUGUCAAAGCUGAAGAAUUUGAAAAUGGAGUUGGUUUACUGAAUCGUUCAAAGGGUAAGCAGAAGGCUGUGAAGUGUAAGCAUGAGAAGAAGCCCAUUGUGUCUACCCAAGCAUCAAAGGAAAUGUCUGGUUGUAAUAAGGUUGAAGAUACUCCAAUUUCAGGAGCAUUUGUUAUUGAACCUAUACUUGCACCUUUGGCAUGCAAUGCCCCAGUUACAGAUGCAACUGUUGCCCCUCAACCUCCUGUUGUUAUUGAGGAACACUGGGUAUGCUGUGAUAUAUGCCAAAAAUGGCGUCUCUUACCAUGUGGGACCAAUCCUGGUCAUCUUCCCACAAAAUGGCAAUGCAAAUUGCUCAAUUGGUUGCCAGGGAUGAAUCGAUGCGAUGUCAGUGAGGAAGAGACAACAAAUGCUCUACAUGCAUUAUACCUUGCCCCUGCCCCAGAAAAUGGUGCUAGCUUAGAGGGCCGUGAUGUUGCUGCUCCUAGUGCAUCUUUGACUAGUGGAGUGCGUCUUGGUCAAAAUCUUGAACUUCAUGUGCAAAAUGUGCCUAUUACUGAGAAGAAAAAAAGUGCAUUAAAGGAUGCUUCAAGUAUACCAACUCAUUCAACUCCUACUCAGAUCCCAAACUUUGUGAAAAAGGAUGAGCAGGCCUUUGUUAAAUCUAGAAGUUCAAAUGACACAAACCUGUAUCUUCAUUCUGAAAUAGACUCAUCAAGCAAAGGUGGCCUUGGUAACACAAGCAGACUAACUGAUUUCGGUGUGGAAAAACAUAAGCCAAAGCAAAAGGAUAAGCAUAAAAAUCGUAGGGGCAAUUCAGAUGGAGGUGAUCAUAGCGGAAAAAACAAGAAACAUUCAAAAUCAGAAAACCAGAGAGGCAUCGAUCAAGAUGAUCUUAGAACUUCUAAGAAAGCUGGGAAGGAAAGCUUGCAAUAUACCAAUAAAAGUUGUACCAGCGAUAAUGUAACUGCAAAGGCUUUUGAGGUAACUGACGUUGGUGGUUAUUCGACUAAAGUAAUCACAAAUGAUCAUACCAGAUGGGACAAUAAUCCCUUUUUGAAAGACUCAAAAUGUGACACUAAAAGCAAUUCCUCUGCACCAUUUAAGAAGUCAAGGGAUGAGGUUCAAUCUAUCACAAAUUGUGAGAGUAAGGACCAUGUCAGUGCUUCAGAUGUAGAGAAGUAUAGUAAUCUGGAUGUUUCUGUUAAGAAGAGGAAAAUGAAGGAGUGGCAAGAGAGUCAGCAGAAUCAGGAGGGACUUGUGAGUAGGCAACAUGUGGGAGAAAAUGGGGUUAUUGUUAAAGGAGCUCUUGGUGAAAAUGAACCUGUUAAGGAUAGGAAUUUUGAGUUAUUGCUGUCUGAAAGAAAGAGAUCCAAGACAAGUAAGCUGAAUAGUAAGAUGGAUAAGAAUUAUACCAUGACCAAAAUGUCUUUGCAUGCUAGUGGAGAGCAUAUACCUGAUGGAAUGGAUGAGGCCCUUUAUGUUGUGGAAAAAGAGCAUCGGUUCAGUCAGAGCCAGGAGAAUGCAGCAUCCCUGAGGGAGCUAGACUUUGAUUCCUUGAAGAGGGAUAUUGCCUAUGCACAACCACCUGUAGCAGCUAAUUCAAGUUCUUCAAUGGUUUCAGGUUCCCACAAAAGUAGAUCCAAUCUUCGGGAAACAAAGGGUUCUCCAGUCGAGUCUGUUUCUUCAUCACCUUUGAGAAUAUUGGGUAUUCAAAAACCUUCAUGCAAAAGGACCUCAGAGCAAAAAGAUUAUGCAAUUAAUCCUGAUUCCUCUCUGUUGGAGAGCCCCAAAAGGUGUUCAGAUGGUGAAGUUGAUGGUGGAAAUGGUCAUUCUGGUAAGUUCAGAAAACAAAUUUCUAUUCAACAACAAUCUUUUGAGAGUCAUAGAGUGGCAGGUUCUGGAACUCUUGAUUCUUUGGGAGAGACAUUUGACUAUUUAGAAAAGGAAAAGAUCCAGUUAUCUGUUGGCAAAUCUGAAGAAAGGUUGCAUGUGAAAAAUGGUGCUUCUGAUGAUUUCUCACCUACUGAGCUUGGAGAGCAACAUCCAUAUAAAUAUGAUAUCCAAGACCUGGGUAAAGUGAAUAAAGAUCACCUAGUGAAUGAGUCUAGUCAGCGGAAGUCUAGUAAGAGUUCUUUAAGUUCUAAAGGGAAACAUAGAGGUAGCAAAUCUGAUUUAGGUAAGAAUAAGCUUAGGGUUUCUGGUCCUUAUACUGUGAACAAAGACUUUCACUCUACAAAUAAUGGCAGCAGCUGCAGAUUUGAGGCCACUUCGGGUUAUUGUGAGGAUGGAAAAGAUGAUUUUGAUGAGAAGGAUGAGAAGGAUUGCUUGGGGAAGAAAGAACCUACUUCAAGGUGGAUGACAAGUAGGCAAUAUAAUAGCACUAAUUUUACAGUGCAAGAUAAUGUGGAUUCUAAUGCUCCCAUCAUGCAUUCUAGUCAGCAAAAGGACAUAGAAUCAAAAGUUCCCGUCUGUGGAAGUAGACACAUUAAACCAGAAUUUCAAGUGAAACCUUCUUUCCACAAUGAAAAAGAAUUGGACCACAAUCAUUUGGAUAAGAUUGAUUUUCCAGAACCGCCUUCUGGACUAGGAAAGUCACAAUUGAAACUGACUGCUGGCUGUAAACAAGAUACUCAGUAUCGGAUUCCUCAUAUGGUCUCUUCUCCUCUCAAGGCAAGCAGAUUGGAUGUUGGGAUAGUUGAUGCAGUGAAUGCUGAUGCAUCAAAAGUGGUCAAACAUCAUAGGCAGCCAGAAAUCCACCAUAGAUCACACCAAACUAAUAUGAGACAUGCAACUCCUAAUGGUCCUGACACAUCCAGUCCAUUAAGAAAGGAACAUUAUUCUGCUGUUAUGAAAGAAGCAAGAGACCUAAAACACUCAGCAAAUCGGUUAAAGAGUGAAGGACUAGAACUCGAAAGCACUGGUCUGUACUUUGAGGCAGCUUUGAAGUUUCUGCAUGUUGCUGCUCUCAUGGAACCUGUCAAUCUUGAUAGUGUUAAACAAGCAGAAGCUGCACAAAUGUACUUUGAAACAGCAAAACUCUGCGAAUUUGUGGCCCAUGAGUAUGAGAAGGUCAAGGACACGGCUGCUGCAGCUCUAGCAUAUAAGUGUGUUGAGGUGGCUCAUCUGAAGUCUGCUUACUGUAAAAAUCCUAAUGCAAGCAAAGACCGUCAUGAAUUGCAAGCAGCUUUGCAGUUUCUUCCUCCAGGAGAAUCACCAUCAUCUUCUGCUUCAGAUGUUGAUAAUUUAAACAAUCAGAUUAUAUUAGGAAAAAAUGCUUCAACCAAGGCUGUUAGUUCUCCUCAAGUUGCCGGCAACCAUGUUAUAGCUGCACGCCACCAUCAUCAAGUUAUGCGGUUGCUCCAUUAUACAAAUUAUCUAAAUUGCGCAUUUGAAGCGACUAGGAAAGCACAUAUUUGCCUUGCAGCUACUGUUGACAGCUUUGGAAAGGACAGAGUGGAUUGCCUGUCUUCUGUAAGAAAGGCUCUUAAUUUCAACUUUCAUAACGUCGAUGGGUUAUUGCGACAUGUACGACUUUCACUGGAUUCUAUUGGCCGUUAAAACCUUGAGAUAAAGGAAGAACACUUCUGUGAAUAGAAACUGUCAAUAUCUUCUCAUCUGUUGCAGUCUCGGCUUUCCAGAAAUGCUGGGGUGGAAAUUAGUGCGUGGUUGCAUUUCAACUUCUCUGAUAGAAUGGAUUUCUUCCUGAAGAGAAUUCUAGGCUUUUUAAAGGAAAAUGUAUAUAGAAAGAUCGGCUUUGCAAAUUUUGUAUAGUGUUUUUUGCAGCCGUUGUUUUAGAGAUUGACAAAGGCAUAGGUUAUUGUUAAACAGCAUUAACAAUGUGAGACACGAAUUGGUUCUCUUACUAAUCUGUCUCAAACAACGUGCUACACAAAACGUGAAGGUGUAUUUGUGACUCCAGAUAUGAAUUUGAGUUCUCUGUUCGAAGUUCCAUGGUUGAAUAAAUUGGCAUGUUAUGGUUUACCUUA